AUGGACGCGCCUUUACGUUGCAACUCGCUCAAGUGUCGUCAACGCCUUGCCGAUAGAGCUGUGGUCACAACGUGCAGCCACAUCUUCUGCGUACCAUGCUCCAAUGCUCUUGGUCUUUCUAGUUCGGCAGACGGCGUCCGGGUCUGUCCUGCAUGCGACGCCCAGCUCGCCAAUCCCGAUGAUGCUGUCGCUACACAGCUCAACCCAACCGAAGACUACAAGACAAGCGUCCUCAGCGGCCUGAGUCCGACGAUCAUCAUGGAGUGCUGUACUCGUGGACUGUCGUUCUACCAGUAUCAGGUCACACAAGAGAUCAUGUACCACGACUACAUGGCCAAAAACCUAGCCGACAGAUAUGCCAACCUCAACUCUCAAAUGGACAAUGUCAUCAAGGACGCCAAUUCGGAAAUCAGCGGUCUCAGAGACAGACUAGAGAGGAUGCAUGUCGAGAAGAAGACACUCGAGCAGAAGAACCAAGAGCUGAUCAAGGCUUUCAGCGAGAAGAGCAAGGCUCACCAGCGAUUGACCAAGCUAUACCAACGAGCCAAAGGCACGCAGAAUGCCGAGCAGAUGCGAUACGCAGCGGCCGACGAUGUGGAUCAUGUCAUACAAUCG